GUUUACAGACCUGCGUUUACUUACAGUGCUCCAGUAACUAAAACCAGAAAAAAAGCGAAAAUUCUUUCCAACCAGUACCAUCCUGCCAGUAUCCAAACCGGUCAGCCUGCCGUCUGAGAACCCACCUUCCAUGGUUCAGCCUGGUGCCUCGGCACCUGCAAUUCAGCCUGAUGUCUCUACCCAGCCUGAUGUCUCUACCCAGCCUGAUGAACUGAUCCAGCCUGAUGAUCCUAUCAUGCCAGAUGACUCGGUGCCUACUAUCAAGCCAGAUGACCUGAUGCCUGAUGACCCGGUGCCCGCUGUCAUA